UGCUUCGUUAUCGAUCCCGAACCUACCGCUCUUCCGACAGCUUUCGAAACCAAGCGAACGCAGUCUGUUAUUAUACCAGAUUACUUCUCAGUAUUGAAGCAGCAAGGAUACCUUCAUUACCCUUUUCUUUCAGCAUUGACUACCACCAGUCUAGCACAAGUUACAUCACUAUGCACAGCCCAUCGCUCCAAUUGCUGCGCGCGUUGCGAACUUCCAUCUUCGCCGACAGCGCCAGUCUCUGCGCCCAGCUGACUUCCCGAUCUCGCUCGCCUCUUCCCCGAAUCGGCUACUCUAUCACAUCCCAGCGUUACAGCAGCAACAAUGCUCGCCCUUCCCGGAUGAUUCCUCGUGCCCACAGCGCAAAGCCUUCGAGUCACGACCGCGGCCCUGAGUCGAAGGAGGACACGCAGACGGACUUCGCCGCCCUCAAUGUACUCGGCAAUAUCCCUGUGCCGACAACCUCUAUUGAUGCCACUCUUGACACUGGCUUUCACCUGAACAACGGAGUCAAAAUCACCGGUGGCGACGGCGUGAUGCUCAUUGGUGGAGAGGCGUUUCCGUGGCGUCCGUGGCAGGCCGGCCCUGGUGGUCGCGCUGGUAUGAUCAAUAAGAAGGGGCAAUUCGAGCUUGAUGAACAGGUCUGGGGUGUUUUGAGCCUGGUCUGGCCUCGUCCUGAUCUACUGAUUCUCGGUAUGGGUGAGCAUGUUUUCCCUCUGUCGCCGGAGACACGGAAGCAUAUCAACUCCUUGGGCGUGCGGGUUGAAGUGUCCGACACUCGGAAUGCUGCUGCUCAGUUCAACCUACUUGCUACUGAGAGAGGCGUGACUGAGAUCGCUGCGGCUAUGAUCCCGAUCGGGUGGAAGGGUAACAUCAGACGGUAGAUUCGCUGCACUCGCUAUCACGUUCUGAGGUGAGGUGUUCUUGGCGGAUGGGUUUGGGACAUUCGGAGGUCUGGUGCAGAUGUUGGUGGCUGUGUUUACAAUGCAGGAGUACCCUUAGCACAAGGGUUACGAGGUUAACACUAGGCAAUUUUCAAGAUAGAGACUGCGUCAUCUCCACCUAGGACUCGUUUCAUUGAUGUACUCUAUACUCUGUAUACUACGCAAAACUGAGC